AUCCUUUCCGUCUCUCUCGCCGCCGCUCUCCAUGGAUUCCCAUCCUCUGCUGGAUGCUAUCAAGCUGAAGAUCGUCGGUUACAACGAUGCGCUUUAUCAAGAUACUGUAAAAAGAGUAAGAGCUGACCUAUUCAAUCUCUGCAAAAAGGUAAUACUGGACGAGGCAAUAGAAGCAGUGAAACAGCGUGGUCUGGACCCAGACCGUAGCCAUUUUCGUUCUGCACCUGAGCCGGAAAUGCUGUCAGAGGGCCUCCGAUUUGCAGGAAAGGUGGUCACUGAAAUGGUGAAGAGAGGUACUGUUUCCCAGAGGUUCAAAGAUAGAUUCGUUGGGGACUACAGGAGGUUCAUGAUUCGCAACAAUGAUCAGUUUGCCAUCUUCCAGCGAGAAUUCAACGGGCUUCAUACUUAUCUCCAGGGCGAGCCCAUCUUUGAUGCCGAGGGCACCAAUUUCACCUUUGAACCUACUUUAACGAGUUGCGAUGCUUUGCUGACCAGGGCAAUGAGUGAGGACUACAAGGCAUUAGUGAAUAGUCUAACUUAUCUCAGGCACGCCAUCGAGCGUGGUGAUGUACCGAGGAUGGUAACUAAAUCCCAGGCUGUCAAGGAUGUUGCUGAUGAAAUGUCCCGAGAGUUUACAACCUUAGGCAGGCUUACGGGGAUCAUGGGCUAGUGGCUUUUCUUCCUUCCGUUUUGCUAUGGGCUUCAAAUCCUAGUUGAUUUUCCCUUCGUAUCUUCGACGUUUCAAAUCUCUAAAAACUAAACAGAUCGACAAUGCCCAUUUGUAAAGCUAGCAAUGGGGUCUUAAGCUAUUUUCCUCCACCCUUUCAACUGUGGGCUAUUUUGUUAUGAAUAUAGCAUAUAUCUUGAUACUUGUUAUAGUAGGUUUCUCCAACCUAUGAGAAUGUCCUUGAUGCUUCGGUGUGUCAUGGUUUGUUCCCUACAUUAUAUUGUUACUUGCAUAUUGCUUGGGUGGCACUUGGUUGCUAUUGGACAAGUCACAGAGUCGGUAUGCAUAGCGAUGAUUUUUGAAGCAAUUCCGGUAUGUUUGGCUGUCCUUGGAGACCUUAGCGUUUGGCCGCGGUUUUGUAGUAUGCCAUGUAGAGGAUCGUGUUUUAUCACGAUCGCAACCCUAGUUGCAUGUUGAAAGGGUGGUUGUGUUAUGCAAUUUAUUUAUAUUUUAUUUAACUAGGAUUGAUUGUUAGUUAGACGUGG